UGACGCAGCACGAAACAGCAUCUCAACUCACGGCCAGUCUGAGCUCAGAGUGAAUGUGGGGUGAAGCUUGGACCAAGAAUGACGCCGAAGCAUCUCGAAAUAUCGCAAAGGCUGCGCAACAAGGACUAUUGCAUGACAGAACUUUUCACGCUCGGCUUGCAGCCUUACUGCCUUCUCAAGUACCUCUCUUUCGUAUAGCUUCGAAUCACGCGCCUGCGACACGCGAACAUGUCUUCAGUCGGUGUCAUCAUCUCAGGACGGCCUGUCAUCACCGAACCUUCCUCAGUCAUAUCGCCGACCCAGUUCGCCUUCCAAAUCCCUUCACAGCCGUCCUUCUCCCACAUCGUCGUCUUCCUGCUGCCAGGCAUCACCUUACCAGAUGGCACCGCCGCCGCCGUUUACGCGCAACUACCCGGUACAACCGAGUUCAAGCUACUCGGCGCAAUCGCAAACGAGAAAUCCAGCGCGAUAUUCAAAGUCAACGCGAAAGCCGGUGGGCCUGCAGGUGGUGGCCUAGGCGACAACGACGAUGCCAUGGUGGACGAGGGCGUCUCGAUGGACGCGUCGAACGGCAACACCGCGCCGCUAGCCCUUGGAAUCAGCGUUGAACCAGCGCAACAAGUCGCUGCAGCUUUGGCGCAAAACAAGGCACAAGAGGCCGCAGCAUCGGCCACACCGAACAUGGGGCAAGGCAACGAGCUGGUACUGAGAGGACAAAGAAGCGUGGAGACCAAGGUGCUGGCGCAGAGGAUCAUCAAGAACUGUUACGACUUCUUGACGAGCUGGGGCUCAGGAGACACAGUGCCGUUGAAGGCAUUCCAGGCAUGGUGGACGAAGUUCGAGGGCAAGAUCGAGAGGGAUCCGGGUUUCUUGGAGAGGAGCGAUGGAGGUUGAAGACGUGACAGCACCGGUGGAUUACAAGAC